CGCAGCAUCUGAUCCGAGGAGCCGACAACUUUUCCUCCACCUGAUCCACAUUUCACCACCGGGGUUCGUCUCUGCUCACAGCCGGGUCUGACGCUGCUGACGAUGGUCGGCUGAUCUCUGAACUCAACGUUUGGCUCGCUGAGCUUCGCCGGUCGCAGUCAUGGCCAAAAGCCCRGAGGUCAAGCUGGCAGUGUUCGGCAAAGCAGGCGUGGGCAAAUCAGCUUUGGUGGUCAGAUUUCUAACAAGACGCUUCAUCUGGGAGUACGAUCCAACAUUAGAGUCGACGUAUCGUCAUCAGGCCAACAUCGAUGAUGAAGUCGUCACCAUGGAGAUCCUGGACACGGCAGGACAGGAGGACGUCCAGCAGAAGGAGGGUCACAUGCGUUGGGGGGACGGAUUCUUCAUCGUCUACGACAUCACAGACCGAGGAAGCUUCGAGGAGGUAGCUCCUCUCCGGAGUCUCCUGGAGGACGUCAAGAAGCCGAAGAACGUCCCCUUGGUGCUGGUGGGCAACAAGUCCGACCUGGACCACGUCCGGCAGGUCUCCACCGAGGAGGGGGAGCGGCUGGCGGCCGAGAUGGCGUGCGCCUUCUUCGAGUGCUCGGCCUGCGCCGACGAGGGCGGCGCCGUGGCCGAGGCCUUCCACGAGCUGUGCAGGGAGGUGAGGCGGCGCAAAGCCGUCCAGGGCAAGGCCAGACGCCGCAGCUCCACCACACACGUCAAACAGGCCAUCAACAAGAUGCUGACCAAGAUCAGCAGCUAAAGGAGCCGCUGGCACCACUCACCUCUGACCUGCUUUUAUUGUUUCAUGGAGACAGUCGGCUCCAAAACACACCAGACUGAUUUAACGUGCAAUUAUCAUUUGUUGCUCCGAUUAUGGCAGGCCAUUUUAUCAUAUAAUCUGCUUCGUCUGACUCUCUGUAAUUACAUUCUAGAUUUAUAAAAAAUGAGUUUGUCUUGCCUGGAUAAUUAUUCAAGACAUCUGAAAUAGAGAAGCCAUUUAAAUGAAAAUAAUCAAGAUCUCUCAAAUUCAUUAAACAACGUCUAGAAAGGAAGUCAUAAAUCCAGUUCUUAAUAUCUUAGUUUUGCAGAGUCAUUAUUUGCUUUCAAGAUAUCUGCAGUUUAAUUUGCACUAGUUGCAGCUUAUAUAUCACAUAUCUUUUUAUACAUUACAUGUAUAGUUUUUAAACUAACCCUCUAUCUUUAAUUGUGGAUAUUUAAAAUAUAAAUAUUACAGAUACAGUAACUUAACAUCAAAUCUGACAUCAUUUAUAGUCAGAAAGUAAUUAGAGAUGUUUUAAAUUAACAUGUUUAAUCACAAACCUAUUUCAAAUAUCUGGAAUGUCAAUGUGGUGAAGCUGAUUAUAUGUCAAAACUGCCUGCCAUACUCUUAUAGAAAGAGCCCUGAGUGCAAAGUUAACAGUGCAAACCUGAGACAACUUUCUCUGACGGGCGACUAAAAAGUAUCAAAUUAAUUUGUCUCGACCCACAUUCACCAAAUUUUCUGUGGAAAAAACAAACUUGUCAUCUCUGGACCAGGACCUCGUUUUGUCUCUGCUUCGGGCUCUCGGUUCUGGGACGUUCUCCUAAACGAGUCAGAACCCAGUGGACUGUAAAGCCAGGACGUAGCGGAGGCUGCUGAACAAUCAGCUGAAGACUUUGUAAAUAAAAGCUGAAGUAAACAGUGGUUCAUGUUUGUCAUCAGUGUAAAUAUUUUAACUCCCUGAAGGAACUCACGUCGCCUCGCUCGCCAAAGUAUCCUUAAAACGAGCGAACUCGCUGAUUACUUGUGGCGGCCAUCUUGGAUCAGAAUGAUAACUUUCUGAAAGUUUUGUCCAGCUCGUAACGUUUUGAACGUUUUGCUACUAAAAAGCUGCACGAUUUGAAAUAUUUAUGUAAAGACAUSCUUUCGAUGCUGUAAUGCGGCCGAGGAUCAGCCUGGAACAUAAAAACWAGAGAAGAAGAAUUUAAAUCCUGGGAGCGGCCCGGCUGUCUGACAGAUAAUUACUGGGGUCCUCGUUAUCCAGAGCAGCUGCAGAACCAACACAACCACAUCUAGGUUUACACUUAAUGCAAACCAAAUCUGUUUUUAUUGUUGCUGAGUCAGCACUCUUACUAUUGUUCUGCUUGUUUCUGUGACCCAACUGCUUCUGUGUUUAUAUAUGGAAACGUUCGGCUCAUUAAGGACGCGGAAACGUUCGGCUCAUUCAGGACGCGGAAACGUUCGGCUCAUUCAAGACGCGGAAACGUUCGGCUCAUUCAGGACGCGGAAACGUUCGGCUCAUUCAAGACGCGGAAACGUUCGGCUCAUUCAGGACGCGGAAACGUUCGUCUCAUUCAAGACGCGGAAACAUUCGGCUCAUUCGGGAGGCGGCCGCUGCCACUUUUGCUUUUUGUAACUUAUAUUUUUCAAAAUAUUUAACUUUGAUUAAAAACAUUUUCCCCAUUGAAA